AUGAAGCAGCGAAGCAGUCGCGUCAUCAAGGACGUGCAUGACGUGUGCGACAGAAACAGGGAAAGUUUGGCGAUGGUACUUUCAAAUAUGUGCGCAUUUGGCGACCCAGAAGCGAAGGCCAUUGUCAAUGAAAUUGUCGAAGAGGUGGCUGUAAAAAGGGGAGUAAAGAGGAGUGUGGAAGAGCUAGUUGGCGAUGAUACAAUGACGAAGUACGUGGAGUGCCUGAGAGUUCCUGAUUGGAAGCUUGUCCUUUUCCAGGCGAUGGCGAGAGUUUCUGCGAAAACGUGGCAAUCCGUGAUUAACAUCACAGGGCUCGGAAGGUCGGGG